CAGAAGGAUCACACCUGCAUUCAAUGCCCCGCCCAUGGUCAAGAAAGCUUUACAAAUGAUGGAUGUGAGAUCGUGAAUGGAGCGGCAACAGGUCUUCGAGCAGAGCCAACACUCAAACAUUUUGAUGAGAACAUAAUUUCGCUCAUUGAGUCCGAGAUAAUGUCCGUCACGCAUGAAACGGGUUGGUCAGACGUUGCUGGUUUGGAGGGAGCGAAGAAAGCUUUGCGGGAAAUCGUAGUUUUGCCGUUCAAAAGACCAGAUAUGUUCAAAGGGAUACGAGCUCCACCAAAAGGGGUAUUGCUCUUUGGUCCUCCUGGUACGGGAAAAACGAUGAUUGGAAGAUGUGUAGCUUCGCAGUGUAAAGCUACUUUUUUCAACAUUUCUGCAAGCUCGUUGACAUCAAAAUGGGUGGGAGAGGGUGAGAAACUAGUGCGUGCCUUAUUUUCUGUGGCUAGGUUGAAGCUGCCAAGCGUCAUAUUUAUCGAUGAGGUUGACUCGCUUCUCUCUUCACGUUCGGAUACAGAACAUGAGUCUUCACGUCGUAUAAAGACGGAAUUUCUGGUACAAUUGGAUGGUGUGGCAACGAAUUCCGAUGAGAGGCUGCUAGUUCUUGCAGCAACAAAUCGCCCCCAAGAGCUUGAUGAGGCUGCUCGACGACGUUUUGUGAAACGUCUUUAUAUCGCUCUACCGGAAGCUGAAGCAAGGCUCACUAUUGUUAAAAACUUACUAGUUGAUAUGAAACAUUCACUUGAGGAGAAAGAUUUUAGUCAGAUAGCUGAAUUAACGGAAGGGUAUUCUGGUGCUGACGUGCGACAACUAUGUGCUGAAGCUGCAAUGGGUCCAAUACGAGAUGUUGAUAACUGCUCUUCUAUGGAUAUUGAGACAAUAGAAACUGAUGAGAUUCGACCUAUCUCAGUGGCAGAUUUCAUCGAGGCUGCAAAAGUUGUUCGGCCCACUGUUGUGAGUGAGGACUUAACUGCUUACAAGGUUCUUUCCAGAUUUAUGCACAUCAGUCGCAGUGCUCCUGUAUUGGUGUCAUCAAGUGGAAGUCUCGGUCACCCUGCAGGAGUGACAGCAGAUCAGUAUCAAGCUGGAUAUCCAUCUUCCAAUUUAGGUGCGACUGGUCAGAGCUGUCCUCGAUUCAUUAGGGAAUUACAACCGCGUACAUUGAUUUCACCUGGAAAGUAUGCAGAAUUAGCGUUGAAGGCUGUGCGGGAAUUGCGGUCCGAGGUGGAGAAUUUCUUCAACGAAGUGUACAACAACUGUGAAAUCAAUGCUAAUGAGUUAACUUCGAAAGACGUGACGUUCACCAGAGUUACGGACCUCUUCAAACAGCUUGAGCUGCUGGCUAACUCAGUCAACAUGAAACCCGGUACCUCAUCAUUUUCGAGAUUCUUUGCUUCAGCGUAUGACAUGGUUACACCGUUUGAUAACAGUUUACCAGUUGACGAAGAUAACCUUCUUUUUUGCCUAGGUAUUGAAAAUGCAUCACAGUUUUUCCUGUCGUCGUAUAUUGAGAAAGUGGGCACGUUGGCUGAACAUCAAGGAAGGCGUCGUUAUUUCGCUACUCCACAGAAGCCACUGGGAACCAACGAUGAUGGCAACGCCAAGUUUUUGGCUAUGGUAGGUGAGGUGAGCUCCAACAAGAGUUUGCUUUUGCGUAACAUUAAAGUAACUACAAUUGUUCGAAUACCCUUUCGAGAAGUCGCUGUGGAGAUCACAGUGGGACCUGUGCAAGAUGAUCAUUUCGUCCCUCAGAUGAAGGGGGUCUUGGUCUUUCUUAACGGUGAGCUGGCCGCAGUUCGUAUAGGAGCUCCAGAUGAAGUGCUGUGGACCAAGUGUCGAUGUAUAAUUCUGCGCUCGAUCAUUAGUCCUCCACAGCGUCGAUAA